AUGAAAAUAAUGAUAACCAUUUUAAUAAAUUUACUUGUACCAUCAUUGUAAUAAUGCGGUAUUGAGAUAGUAUGAAAUUUAGUUACUGUUUAAGAGAAUGUUACAUAUUACACAAGUUUGGGUGAAGUUUUUAGAUGGCCAGCAGAUUCUCUAAUAAAAGGAAGUGGAUUAAUCUAUAAUUUAACAGAAUCAAGUUUUAUGUAGUAUCAUGCUGCUUUUUCUUAGAUAGCUCCAGAGAAAAGUCAUUAAGGAUGUAAUAAUAUAUAAAAUAUGAUUAGAUUAAAGUGUUGUAUAUGCAUUAAGAGCAUAUGAUAUUGCAAGUACAGGAGCAUGGACAAAUCAUUUUGCAUAUUUAGAAUUUGAUCAAAAUAAUAAAUAAUAUGACAUUUAUUAUGCAAUUGGGUAAUAAGAAUGAUUAAAAUUUAGAUCUGCAAUAGAAAUGGAUUAAACUCCAUAUUUUGAACGAAAAGUAUAACUUACUAGAAAUGGCUCAACAUUAUUAGAUUGUUUUGAUUUAGAAUAUAUAAAUCCAGAAUUAUGGUUAGUUGAUUGUGCAGAGAGAAGUAGUGAUACUAAUUAAGUAAUGAAGAAUUAUUUAUACUUUGUAACAUAAGAUGAUAGUCCUGAUACAGUAAAAAGAUAGGAAGUGCCUAAUCAUUAAUAAUAUAAAUAAAUAAAAGGACGUAAGUUUUAAUAUCAUGUAUAUUACAAAUCAAAUAUGGGUUAAGAUAAUAAUGGAUUUGAUGCUCCAUAACCAAAAUAACCCAUAAGGAUGCUUUUGAGAGGAUAAUAAGCUUUUAAUUCUGAAACAGGUAAUUAAACAAUCUUGGAUAAUAAUUGUUCUAUUGAUCUAUUAAUAAAAGUUGAUAAUGGAAGUAUUAUUGAUACAGGAAAUAUUUUGAAUAAAACAAGAAUCAGUAAUGAUAUAAAGAAAUCUGUAAAUUUUACAUUGAUUGAUUUUAAAAUAAUGCCUAAUGGUCGAGUCUAUAUUUUAGAUUAGACAGAAGGAAUUUAUGUUUAUAAAGUAACUGAAGAUGGUGAUUGGAAAUACGAUUCAACAUUAUAAUUAAAUGGAAAAGCUAAGGCUUAUGCAUUUGAUGUAAAUAAUAGAUUGUUAGAGGAUGGAGAUUCGUAUUUACAUAUAGCAAUAUUAUAUGAAUCAAAUCUUAUGACAUUUAUUAAUGAUAGAAUGUAAAGAGGAUUUAGAUUACCAUUUACAGCUACAUAUCCUGCAUCAGUUUCUUUAAGUUAAUAAUAUGCAGUAAUAGUACAUUUUUAGACUAUUUAUCUUUAUAAUACUGAGAAAAAUUAUUUAUUACAUAAAGAAAUGUUAAUCUCUUCAAAUUAUUUAGUGAAUCCUUAUGCACCAGAUAUAGUAAUUGUAUCUUAAACUAUAAGUAGAAGAUAUGAAUUAAGUGAUGGAUAUUUAGAAUGUUAAAAUGAAAAUUUAAUCUAAAAAAACACACUUAAAUUAACAGCUACUGAUGGAUAUUAGAUGUGUUAAACAAUUAUCAAUUAUUAAAUUUUAUAAUAAGAAAAUACUUAAGUUUUAGAAUUAGGUCAUAAUCCAUUUCCAUCUAUUAUUACAUAUCCUGCUUUACCAUUUAAUUUAUAAGAUUUAGCUUCAGGACCAAAUCUUUAAUAUAUUACACCAGAUAUCGAUCAUAAUGAUGUUGAAGUUUAAGUUCAUUUUUUAUGGGAAUUAGAUGUUAAAGAUAUCUAAUGGUUUGAUGCUUCAAGUGUUGUCUAUGCUGAUGUCCUUAUUGAUCCACAUCAUACUAAUUCUAAUAAAUUCUAUUUAUUUUUAUAACAUCAAAAUAAAACAGCUAUUAUUUGGGAUUGUUCAUCUAUCAAUUAUAAUGAUAAUCAUUGUACUUGUUAAAUAUAAGAUUAAUUUUAAUUACCAAUUACAUUAAAUAGAUUUAACUCUCAAUUUGAUUGGUUUACAUUUGAUAAAGAAGCAUUAAACUUUUAAUUUUAAGUAAAUGAUUAUGAAAUAGAAAUUUAUUAAUCAUUUGAAAAUAAACAUACUAAAGUAGCCAAUAUAACUUAUGAAGAAAAAUAAGAAAAUAAAAUAUCAUCAUUUACAGCUUUAAAAAAUAAUAUUUUCAUUGUUUUACAUAAUAAAAAAGAAGUUGAUGUAAUUUCUGCAUUAUAUCCAACAAUUUAAAAAUAUCCCAUAGAUGAAGAAUUAAUCAAUAGUUAUAAAAUUAAUUGUUCAUUUACUCCUAUUAAAGUAUAUGGUAAUGCUUAUAUUAAAAGUGAAUUUGUAUUCAUUGUAACUGAAGAUUGUGUUAUCUUUGGUGAUUAAAGAUAUCAUUUCACAUUAAUUGAUGCAUUUCAAUAUCCAAGAGGUUCUUAAAUAGAAUUAGCUAUUGGAUAAAAAACAUUUUUCAUUCUCACAUCUUUAGAAGGAUAAGAUUCAAUUAAAGAAUAUAACUAUGAAAAUCUCAAUGAUAUAUAUUUGAUGAAAUCCUUACCUCUUUAUAAUAGAUAUAGAUUACAAUUACCAUUAACAAUAGAUUUUGUAUAUGAAACUGGAUUCUUGUUUGUUAGAGCAUUAGAUAAAAUAGAUAAAGAAACUGUAUUUUUAAUAUAUGAAUCAAAUAUUCUUUAUAGGAAUUCCUUACAUAAAGUAUUAAAAACUCAUUAAUAUAUUCCAGAUUCCUAAAUAAUUGAAACUGCUGCUUCUGGUUAUGAUUAAAUGUUUGUUUAUUUUAAUGAUUUAAAAUAAUAACAUAUAGCAGUUGUUUUGAGAGAUUCUCUUAUGGAAAUCAAACCUACUCAUUUGAGUGAAGCCUAUACAACUAAUUUAAAUGCAUCAGUGUUAAUCUAAAAUUAAUUAUCUGAUUCUAAAGUUGGAGUAAAGUAUCCUGUUAAAUUUAUUAACACUUAAUCUAUAGUAACAUUAAAUGAAACUAAACUUAAAAGUAAUUAAUAUAAGUUUGAGCCUACUAAUAAUGUUUAAUAUAUAAGUUUAAUUAAUAAUGGAUGGUAUUAAGGACAUGUUAUAGAUUUCAAAAUAGAUUGUGAAUAAUGUUAGAAUCAAAUAUUAAUUAAAAAUCCUUUAACAUAAGCAAGUACAGGAACUGAUUUUGUUAGUUAUAAUAUUAUUGAUGGAACUAAAUUUUAAAAUUCUAUAGUUUAUUUAGCAUCUCCUAAAUCGUUAAUUUUUUAGAAUGAUGAUGAUAACCUUAGAUUUGUCUAUAAAAUUGAUAUUGGAAUGUAUUGUUCUAAAAUUACAACAUAUAAUGAAUAUAUUUUAGUAUCCUGCACUAAUGAUUAAUCAUAGAAUGUACUCUUUGUAGUUAAAUGUGAUUUAUAAUCUAAAAAAUGUGAUCAAAUAUAAUCAAGUACUUCAAGUGAAUUGAAUCUUCAUUAGGUUUCUAAAAUUUAAUACAAUAAUUCUAUACUUUACAUUCUAGACUCAAACUCAGCCAAUCCUAAUGAAUAUUAAGGAAGUUUACAUGUUUAUUAAAUGUAAUUGGAUACAUAAUGGACUCUAAAAAAUGAAAAGGUUUUUAAUGCUUCGUAUUUUGGUUUGAAUUCUGAUUCUGAUUUCUUUAUUUCAGAUUUCGAUAUUGCAUAAUUUUAAUAAGGCAACACACAAUAUCAAAAGAUUUUAAUUUAGACAACUGCAUAAAAGACUUAUUUCGUUUAAAUAUAUUUAGAUAACGGUUUAAUAAAAGAUAAUCAUAAAGACUCUUUCUCUUUAACUAAUGCAUUGAAUGUAGAUUUUGCUGUUAAAUCUAAUACCAAAUUUUAUUAAAUAAGAGUGCUCUCUAUUUCAGUUCAAACUAAUUUACUUAAUGUAACUGCACUUAUCACAACUAACAAUGUAGCACAUUAUGGAGUAAUAUUUUCAUAUGACAUUUCAAAUCCUCUUAAUUAAGGUUCUCCUGUUAAGAAUACUAUUUAAAUUCCUUUCAUUCUUAAUCAAUAUGGAAUAUAUUAAGCUAUCAAUAAAUUAUCUGUUUAUUAAGAAUACGUUGUAGUUGCCUAUACAAAUUAUACUCAUUAACUCUUAGGUGUUUAUAAAAUGCCAUAAUUAACUCCAGAUACAAAUAUAACAACUAAAGUGAUCACUAUAACAGGAGCCAUUUUAGAAACCUUAGAGAAUCCAGCUAGAAUGUUUGCUAUUGUAUUACAAUAAGAUCCUAUAUCUAAAACUGUAAUUUCUCAUUCAUAUUUUAGUCUGCUAUGUAUUCAAAUAUUAAAAACGUUUAAGCAUCCUCUAAUUAUGUACUUCUUAAAUAUGCUAUUAAUGAUUAUGCAUAAUUAAUUAUCUAAAAUGGAACCUAAGUAAAAUCAUAAUUUAUAUAAUUGAAAAUUGAAAAUUGUUAUAGUUCAGCUUAAGGAUAAUUUGAAAUCAUUAAUUCAUCAGUACCUCCUAAACCAGAUGAUGAUGAAGAAAGCAGGUUUAAUUUAUUAUUUUAUAUUUUAGUUCUCUACUUUGGCUUUGGAUUCUUUUAAUUGUUAUAGGUUCCCUUGUAGUAUUUGGUAUAUUAGGGUACAUUGUAUAUAAGAAAUUUAUUACAAAAACUCCAUAUGUAUAAGAUAGUGCUAAAGUUUCUUUAAUCAACUAAUGA